CCCCGCGCGUGCGCAGUGCGCUGGGGCUGCGAGGCACUGAGGGGAGAGGCGCCGCCAGCGCCGCCCGGGGACCCGUUAGAGCGGAAGCGCAGCCGCCGCCUCUGCCGUCGCGGGGUUCCCGGCAGGUGAGGUGGGAGCCAUGUCGAAGCGGCUCCGGAGCAACGACGUGUGCGCCGACUGCAGCGGGCCUGAUCCUUCCUGGGCAUCAGUGAACAGGGGGACUCUCAUAUGUGAUGAGUGCUGCAGUGUUCAUCGGAGCCUAGGGCGCCACAUCUCCCAAGUGAGGCAUCUUAAACACACAGCAUGGCCUCCAACCCUGCUUCAGAUGGUUGAGACCUUGUAUAGCAAUGGUGCUAAUUCUAUCUGGGAGCAUUCUUUGCUGGACCCUGCUUCUAUUAUGAGUGGGAGACGGAAAGCCAAUCCACAGGAUAAAGUCCACCCCAAUAAAGCAGAAUUCAUCAGAGCCAAGUAUCAGAUGUUAGCGUUUGUACACAGAUUGCCCUGCCGUGACGAUGACAGCGUGACUGCCAAAGAUCUUAGUAAGCAACUCCAUUCAAGUGUGAGAACAGGGAAUCUUGAGACCUGUCUGAGACUGUUGUCGUUAGGAGCCCAAGCCAACUUCUUCCAUCCUGAAAAAGGAAGCACUCCACUCCACGUCGCCUCCAAAGCAGGACAGAUCCUACAGGCCGAAUUGCUGGCGGUGUACGGAGCUGACCCAGGCACACACGAUUCUAGUGGGAAGACUCCUGUUGACUAUGCAAGGCAAGGAGGACACCGUGAGCUGGCUGAACGCCUCGUAGAAAUACAGUACGAGCUGACAGACAGGCUGGCCUUCUACCUCUGCGGCCGGAAACCAGAUCAUAAGAACGGACAGCACUUUAUAAUCCCUCAGAUGGCAGACAGCAGCCUGGAUUUGUCUGAGUUGGCAAAAGCUGCCAAGAAGAAACUUCAGUCUCUAAGUAAUCAUUUGUUUGAAGAACUUGCCAUGGAUGUGUACGAUGAAGUUGACAGACGAGAGACUGAUGCAGUCUGGCUUGCCACGCAAAACCACAGCACCUUGGUAACUGAGACAACCGUCGUUCCCUUUCUUCCGGUCAACCCUGAGUACUCCUCGACGCGAAACCAGGGCAGACAGAAAUUAGCUCGGUUUAAUGCCCAUGAAUUUGCUACACUGGUCAUCGACAUCCUCAGUGAUGCCAAGAGGAGACAGCAAGGCAGUCCUCUCUCCAGGUCAAAAGACAAUGUGGAGCUCAUACUGAGAACAGUCAGCAACCAGCACAACACCGAGAGCCAGGACAAUGACCAGCCGGACUAUGACAGCGUGGCCUCAGAUGAAGACACAGACGUGGAGACCAGAGCAAGCAGGACAAACCGGCAGAAGAGCCUAGAUUCAGAUUUGUCAGAUGGACCAGUCACUGUGCAGGAGUUUAUGGAGGUCAAACACGCCCUAGUGGCUUCUGAGGCCAAGAGACAGCAGCUAAUGAAGGUGAAUAACAACCUGAGUGGCGAGCUGAGAAUUAUGCAGAAAAAGCUUCAAACUCUACAGAGUGAGAACUCAAGCCUCAGGAGACAGGCCACAGCCAGUGCCUGUCAGGUACAGACCGCCUCUGACCACAAAGACACUGCGAGCCACUCCUCCCUGAAGCGCCGGCCAUCAGCCCGGGGCAGUAGACCCAUGUCCAUGUAUGAGACUGGAUCAGGCCAGAAACCAUACCUCCCAAUGGGAGAAGCCAACCACCCUGAAGAAAGCCGGACAAGACUUCAGCCCUUCCCCACUCAUAUUGGGAGGAGUGCACUUGUGACCUCCUCUUCGUCUCUGCCUUCCUUCCCCUCCACACUUUCCUGGUCCAGGGACGAAAGCACCCGAAGGGCCUCCAGGCUGGAGAAGCAGAACAGCACCCCAGAGAGCGAUUAUGACAACACUGCCUAUGACCCUGAACCAGAUGACACGGUGUCAGGCCGGAAGGGGCGGCAGCGGAGUAUGCUCUGGCAAGGUGAUGGCCCACUGCCAGACACAGCAGAGCCCCACUCCAUCCCCAGCCCCGCCCUCCCCAGCACAGAAGAUGUCAUCCGAAAGACUGAACAGAUCACCAAAAACAUCCAGGAGCUCCUCAGAGCAGCCCAGGAGAACAAGCAUGACAGCUACAUUCCCUGCUCAGAGAGGAUACACGCCGCUGUGACCGAGAUGGCAGCCCUGUUCCCCAAAAAACCUAAGUCUGACACGGUGAGGACUUCCCUCCGCCUACUAACGGCCAGUGCCUACCGGCUCCAGUCAGAGUGCAGAAAGGCUCUCCCAGGAGACUCGAGCUUGCCCACGGAUGUGCAGCUGGUCACACAGCAGGUCAUCCAGUGUGCUUAUGACAUUGCCAAGGCCGCCAAACAGCUGGUCACAAUCACCACCAAAGAGAACAGCAGCUGAGCUGCGGGUGCCGCCCUCCUGUUGUCUGGAAAGUCCGGCUGCAAUGUAGACAUGAACUUUGCAGAUUUUUACAAAAAAACGUUUAAUGAUGACUUAAAACUUUUUAAGAGAAAACUCAGUAUUAUUUUUGCAUGUUUUCUAACAGAUUUUUGACUGUAAUUUAACCCUUGCCUUAUUUGUGCCUGUUUGCAGCUUAGUUCUGUCCUGUUGGAUUGUCACCAAGUGCUUACUUAGGUCAUGACCCCAUGUGUUUAAAAGUAAUUGUUCAGAGUUUGUUACAACUUUCCCAUCCUUUAAAAUCUCCACCAAUGCCUAAAACUAUAAUUGAUAUUUUUAGUAAAACAUUUUCGUAAGAGAUAAGAAAAUUGGAUUUUAAAGCAGCAGGAGCAGCAGCUCUUCCUUCCAAGUGUCGGCAGUGAGAGAGCUUUCCGUCCUGGGGCCUCAGCUCGGGUGUCUCCAGGUGUGUGGAGAGCAGGGCCUCGCCGCUCCCCGGGGACAGCGCAUCUCUUAGGAGUGACCGGAACUGAUCCUUUUCUAACUUUUGUAUCAUGUUAAGUGUUGUCUUAUUUAAUAUUUUUAUCUUGAUUUUCUAUCUAUAAAGAUUUUACCAUCA